CACCCUCGCGCCUCCGAGAACGCGCCUUCAUCUUGACCCCCUACCUUGACCCCUACUUGCUCUCCCGUGCUCAGCGAAAAUGCUCGUCGAGCUGAACAAACCUGUUUUUCAAGCUCGCUUGCAGAAGAUAUACGAUGGAUGGAACAACGCGAGCCCUACCAAUGACUAUGCUACUGUGGCAGAUUGCGAUGCCCUGAUCUUGAUUGCGGGAGAUCCAGCUGCUGACGAUGAACCCAUGAGGAAAGGCACCUGUUUCCAGCAAUGGCUACUUGGUUAUGAAUUCCCAUCAACAUUCAUUCUAUUUGAGAAGGAUAAGCUCUCUAUACUCUGUUCGGCGUCAAAAGCAAAAUUUUUGGCGCAAAUCCAAGAUCUGACCGCUACCAUCCCUGUGAAAAUAUUUGCUCAAGCAAAAGCAAAAGAGCCUGUUAACGACGCACUCCCCCAAUUCGCCAACCUAUACCUCAGUCAUAAAAAAGUCGGCACCUUAGUGAAGGAGAAGCACACAGGAAAAAUAGUGACAGAAUGGGGGAAACAGAUUGCUGAGGCUUCAGAUAAGCCAGAGCUCGUCGACAUGUCCCACUCCAUAUCUUCCUUUAUGACCAUCAAAGAUGAAGAGGAACUCAAAGCCACCAAGGUUGCCGCGGAUCUAACAUCUACUCUCCUCAAGCACUAUGUCGCGCCCAGAUUAGAGACCAUUCUGGACCGGGAAACGAAAAUCAAUCAUGAUCAGUUCGCAGCUCAGAUUGAGGCGCGCUUGGGGUCAGGGGAGGGUGAGAAGGCCAAAGGCCCAGAUAUGAAUGUAUGGGGCCAUUACAAGGGCAAGAAACUUCCAGAAGCGGACUGGCAAGUAACCGAAUUCUGUUACUCCCCUAUCAUCAUCUCUCGGUCGAGCAAAAGCGGUUAUGACCUCCGGUACACUGAAGAAUCUUCAGAGGACAACAUCUCCCAUAAAGGGGUGCUACUCGUGGCAUUCGGGAUGCGGUUCAAGACUUACGGCGCUAAUGUUGCUCGGACAUUUAUCGUAGAUCCUACAACCAGCCAAGAAGCGCAAUAUAAUCUCCUACUCUCACUACAGAGCGAAAUGCUGUCCUUCAUUAAGGAAGGAGUCACAGCACGAGAUGCAUAUCAGCACGCGUUAUCAUUCAUUGAGGAGAAGGACCCUACACUCGAAAAACAUUUUGUCAAGAACAUUGGCUUUGGGACUGGUGUGGAAUUCCGGGAUGCUGCGUACCUACUUUCUGCCAAGAAUGCCCGUACUCUACAUACCAACAUGGUGAUCAUCGUCGGCUUGGGAUUUAAUGAUCUAACCGAUGGUAAUGGAGUGAAGUAUGCCCUUCAUCUCGCCGACACCAUCCAGGUCGGAACGGACAAGUCUACCAUUCUCACAGAAGGCGUCAAAUCUCCCAAGGAUACCCUUUUUUUCUUGAAUGGUGAUAGUGCGGACGAGAAGCCCCAGAAAAAGGAUCGAAAGCCGCCUGUGCAACCAAGGGCCAACGGAUCACCUGCCAAGGUCAAGACCGUUGGCGGGAAGGUUUUGCGUAACCAGACGCGUCGCACUCAGGAUGAGGUCCACCAAACGGCCGCCGCCAAGCUAGCAGAGCAUCAACGUGAGCUCCACGAGAAGAUCCAUCAGGAAGGACUGGCUAAGUAUUCCGAGGAGGGUGGUGCUACGAGCGGAAAGGAGGGUAAGGGGUGGAAGAAAUACCAGAGUUAUAAGGGCGAGGCUGCUCUUCCUGCUGAAGUUGACAAACUGCGCAUCUUCGUCGACCGGAAAGCACAAACUGUCAUCCUCCCUAUCCACGGCUUCGCUGUUCCUUUCCAUAUCAAUGCGAUUAAAAACGCAAGCAAAAACGAUGAGGGCGAAUUCACCCAUCUCAGAAUUAAUUUCCAGACACCUGGCCAACUUGCCGGCAAGAAGGAGGAUACGCCCUUUCAAGACCCUGAUGCAACAUUUGUUCGCUCGAUAUCGUAUCGCUCCACCGAUGGGCAUCGGUUUGACAGUGUCUAUAAACAGAUCACUGACCUAAAGAAGGAGGCUAACAAGCGGGAGCAGCAAAAGAAGGAAAUGGCUGAUGUCAUUGAGCAGGAUAAACUAAUCGAGUUGAAGGGUCGGCGACCUAUUAAACUGACUGAGUCGUUCAUCCGUCCGCCGCUUGAUGGGAAACGGCUUCCCGGAGAAGUUGAAAUUCAUCAGAAUGGUGUACGCUAUCAAUCACCUAUCGGGUCGCAGAAAGUUGACAUUCUCUUCAGUAACAUCAAGCACCUUUUCUUCCAGCCGUGCGACCAUGAACUGUUGGUUAUCAUACACGUUCACCUCAAAGCUCCCAUCAUGAUAGGGAAGAAGAAGGCGCUGGAUGUUCAAUUCUACCGGGAAGCGACCGAUGUCCAGUUUGACGAGACUGGUAAUCGGAAGCGGAAGCACAGGUACGGUGACGAGGAUGAAAUUGAGAUGGAACAACAAGAAAGGAGGAGGCGACAGUUACUCAACAAGGAGAUCAAGGCAUUUGCAGAGAAAAUCGCCGAAGCUGGGUCGUCAACGCUUGAAGAUACAUUAGAGCUCGACAUUCCAUUCCGGGAACUAUCCUUUGAAGGCGUACCAUUCCGAACUGGUGUGCGGCUUCAGCCCACAACAGAAUGUCUUGUGCAUUUAACUGAUCCGCCAUUCCUCGUCGUAACCUUGGCUGAGAUCGAGGUCGCAUCACUGGAACGUGUCCAAUACAGCCUAAAGCAAUUUGAUCUGGUGUUAAUCUUCAAGGACUUCAACAAGGCGCCUUUGCAUAUCAAUUCAAUACCGAGUUCGCAAAUGGAUGAUGUCAAGAACUGGUUGGACUCUGUCGAUAUUCCUAUGGCUGAGGGCCCUGUCAACUUGAACUGGGGACCUAUCAUGAAGCACAUCAAUGAGAACCCAUAUGACUUUUUCCACAACGGUGGAUGGAGUUUCUUGGGAGCGUCGAACGGAGCGGAGAGCGACGCGUCGGAAAUGUCUGAUUCAGAGUCUGAUUUCGAAGCGGAGGCCCAAGAUUUGGAGUCUAGCAGCAGUGACGAAGAGAGUGACUACUCUGAUGCUAGCGGAAGCGAGAGUGGAUCAGACUUCGGCGAGGGGUCCGAUAGCGAUGAAGGUGAUGAUUGGGAUGAACUUGAGAGGAAAGCUGCGAAAUCUGAUCUGAAGCGAGCUGAGGCCAAACAAGCGAAUGGGGGUGAUGAUUCUGAAUCUGAUCGUCCUAAGAAGUCCAAGUCGAAUGGCAAGUCGAGCGGCAAGUCGAAGAUGAAUGGGAAGAAGGUGAACGGGAAGGGAAGGCGGUGAAUCUUUGGAUGAUUGCUCCUUGUCCUUUUGACAUCAUUCUUUUCAUUAUCGUGUCUAUCCUAUCCAUGUAUCUAUAAUUAUCUGUGUCGUAUUCGAAUUCGUGUUCUCGUCG